GGGGCAGGGGCAGGGGCAGGAGCAUCGGACAAUGCAUCGGCGUUGUCUCAUAUGAGUGCUGUAAUGAGCUCAGCAACAACAUCAAUAUCAACCACGACAUUCAACGCAUUAACGCCAACGACAACGACAGCGACGGCAUCAGCCAUUACGAUUACAACAACGACUACGUCUAUUACUACACCAACGGAAAUGUCAGAAACGACUUAUGACACUAAUUUUAAUUAUGACAGAGAUGAAGAUGACGACGUGGAGGAGCAGGAACGAGAGGAUACCCAAGGAGGAGGAGCAAGAGUCAAUGGUGAUUUCACCGCCAAAAGCCAAAAUGGCGGCGGUCUUGAUGGCGGUCUGGAUAGUGGAGUGGACACGGAUCGAUUGCUAGAAAAAAAGCAAGGGGAGAAGCAGCCGAGGCCGCGUUCGCAGCCCUCGGUCUCGUGUGACUUUAUGAUGGCGACGAGGACGACGACUCCAAGUGGCGCAAUUAAGGGAGCGGGAGCGCCGCCUUCAUCACGGCCGAUACCGAUACCGCACCCUAGCCUGACCCCAGUCCCGAUCGCAAUGCCAGCGAGCAGUAACCCUUCGACGUCAUCAGGGUUCUCGGCACUGUCGGUCUUUAGGACGAGGAAGCGAGCUGGAACCAUGCACCGCUAGUUGUCCCCCCCCC